UAACACGCCUUCUCUCCACCCCUUCAGCUGUGGCAUAUAUGACCCUUGCUUCACAGCGGUGCUCCAAAGCUGUGUGGUCUCCUUUUGUUUGGCAAGAGAAAAGUCUUCCCAACCCGCCGAGGGAACAAGACAUAACUUAGAUCCGGCAUGGCAAAAUGCGGAGCGUGUGGACCUGGUUACAAAAGUCCCUUGGACGCCAUGAAAGGUCCCCGGGAGGAGAUUGUCUACCUGCCCUGUAUCUACAGGAAUACUGGGAAACAGAAACCGGAUUAUUUGGCCACCGUUGAUGUGGAUCCCAAAUCCUCAACCUAUUGCCAAGUUAUCCAUCGCCUGCCCAUGCCCAAUGUCAAUGAUGAGCUGCACCACACCGGGUGGAACGCCUGCAGCAGUUGCUUCGGAGAUACAACCAAGAAGCGGAACAGGCUGAUCCUUCCUAGUUUGAUCUCCUCCCGGAUUUACGUGGUUGAUACAGGCACAGACCAGCGGGCUCCCAGGCUCCAUAAGGUUGUCGAGCCCAUCGACGUAUACUGGAAGUGCAACUUGGCCAAUCCUCACACCAGCCAUUGCCUGGGGAGCGGGGAAAUCAUGAUCAGCACCAUGGGAGACCCUUCCGGCAACGGCAAAGGCGGUUUUGUCCUGCUGGAUGGAGAGAGCUUUGAAGUGAAGGGGAACUGGGAAAAGGGAUCCAAGACGCCUCUGUUUGGCUACGAUUUCUGGUACCAGCCGAGACACAACGUCUUGAUGAGCACAGAAUGGGGAGUGCCAAAAUGCCUUGUCAACGGGUUUAAUCCGGCCGACGUGGAAAAAGGCUGCUAUGGCGGAAGCGUCAACGUCUGGGACUGGACCACGCAUGAGCUCAUCCAGACAAUUGACGUGGGCAAAAACUCCAUCCCUUUGGAAAUCCGGUUCCUUCACAACCCCAACGCCACAGAGGGGUUUGUCGGCUGUGCCCUCAGCAGCGCAGUCCACCGAUUCUACAAGACCGAGAAUGGAACCUGGGCGGCCGAGAAAGUGAUCCAGGUCCCUAGUAAGAAGGUGAAGGGAUGGACUCUCCCAGACAUGCCAGGUCUCAUCACGGAUAUCCUGAUCUCCCUGAAUGAUCGGUUCCUGUAUUUUAGUAACUGGCUCCAUGGGGACAUCCGCCAAUAUGACAUUACGAACACUCGGAAGCCCAAACUGGUGGGACAGGUGUUUCUCGGUGGCAGCAUUGUCAAGGGUGGGCCUGUCACUGUGAUUGAAGACCAAGAAAUGAACCACCAGCCAGAUCCAUUUGUCAUCAAGGGGAAGAGGGUUCAAGGAUCUCCCCAAAUGAUCCAGCUGAGCUUGGAUGGCAAGAGGCUGUAUGUUACAACCUCCCUCUACAGUGGCUGGGAUAAGCAGUUCUACCCAGACAUGGUCAAGGAAGGCUCUGUCAUGCUACAGAUCGAUGUGGAUACCAACAAAGGGGGCUUGAAGGUGAACGAAAAGUUCCUCGUGGACUUCGGGAAGGAGCCGGAGGGUCCCUCCCUCGCCCACGAAAUCCGCUACCCGGGUGGAGACUGCACCUCCGACAUUUGGGUCUAAGCAAAGGCCACCGUGGCAAAGCACCAUGGACCAGGGCACAAAAAAUAGGGUCUUUUUUUCCUUUUCUAAAUCCAGGCGUGAAAAAUUGAUGUGGGACUCUCAUUGAAUCAGUUUAGAAGAUUCCCAUGGCUUUGCACAUGGUUUCAUGCUCCCCAUGGUGAUCAAAGACCAAUUUAUUUAGCGAUACAGUCUACCCCAGAAUAUAUUCCUUCAGGCUGCAAGAAGGGAAAGUUGUGCUAUCUUAAGAUAAAAUCACAGACCCCCCCCAAAUUUUCCCCUCUUUAGAAAGAAACCUAGCAUGGUCAGCAAGAACUAUUAGCUUUCUGCUUGAGAUGCUAUAUAGAUACAGGGAAUUUGAGGGUCAUUUUGGAAGAGCGGAGAUUAUUUCAACAUGCAUAUCUCCAAAACUGGAUGCUACAAGUGGCACAGCCUAAGAAAAGCUAUAUCACUCAAUUUGCUUUGAAUAUAGCAAAUUGGUCUGUGUUGCACAGUAUAAUCUUGCUUGGAUGUUUUCGUCUCCACCAGAAAUAUAUGUACUAGAAAGCUAGACGCUUGAAUUUCAUUGAAUCCAUGGUUCCCAAGCUUUUGGGGGGGUUCAAUGAACCCCUGUGACAACUUGAUGUAAGCUCCAUCAAAACGCACUGCCAUAAAAAUGCACUUAAGCACCAUUGUCAAAGUAGCAGGAAGCAAAGCAAAGCAAUACAUCUUAUAUACUGUACAGUACACAACGCACAUAUAACAUUCCCUUAUUUGUUCUUUAUGUGGCAAUGACAACAUUGUGGCACAAGAGGUCGCACUCAGAUUUUGCAUGUGGAACAAAAAACCCAACCUGUGGCUGCAAAUAAGCCUGACCUGCAACUCCGGUGACAUUUCCACUUGCAGGACUUUCAAGCCAUUUUGACACUGGUUUAACUAGGGGCUUAGAAGCUCAGCAUGGCUGAAUACGGACUUGAUCAUCAUCUGGAAACCAAUAACCCUUCUUGGGAUCUAGCACGCUUUGUGCCACCUGAUUCAGAAAAAAUCACUUAAACAAUAGUAACAAUAAUAAAGGUAAUCUUUGCUGUUGCUUCUA